AUGGCAGAGCCUGUACCCAUGGAGAAAGGACUCACUUUGCCCCAGGACUUUGUACACAGUCUGAAGAUCCGGGGCAAAUAUGCCUUGUUCCUGGCAUUUGUGCUCAUAGUUUUUGUCUUCAUUGAAAAGGAAAACAAAAUCAUAUCCAGGGUCUCGGACAAGCUGAAGCAGAUCCCUCAAUUUGUGGCGGAUGCCAACAGCACCGACCCAGCCCUGCUUUUAUCGGAAAACGCAUCUCUCUUGUCCCUGAGCGAGUUGGAUUCCGACUUCUCCCAGCUGCAGAGCCGCCUGCACAAUCUCAGCCUGCAGCUGGGAGGGGAGCCAGCAAUGGAGGCCCAGGGGCAGGAGCCUGCCGCAGAGAAGCCAUCCCACCAGGCUGCAGCAGGGCACCGGCGCCACGUGCUCCUCAUGGCCACCACCCGCACCGGCUCCUCAUUCGUGGGCGAGUUCUUCAACCAGCAGGGCAAUAUCUUCUACCUCUUCGAACCACUGUGGCACAUCGAACGCACCGUGUCCUUCCAGCCGGGAGGUGCCAGCGCGGCGGGCUCAGCGCUUGUCUACCGCGACGUCCUCAAGCAACUGUUGCUGUGUGACCUGUACGUGCUGGAGCCCUUCAUCAGUCCCCCUCCGGAGGACCACCUGACUCAGUUCCUGUUCCGCCGGGGAUCCAGCCGCUCGCUCUGCGAGGAUCCAGUGUGCACACCCUUCGUCAAGAAGGUCUUCGAGAAAUACCACUGCAGGAACCGUCGCUGCGGGCCACUCAAUGUGACCUUGGCGGCAGAGGCCUGCCGCAGUAAGGACCACAUGGCCCUCAAGGCUGUGCGCAUCCGUCAGCUGGAGUUCCUGCAGCCACUGGCGGAGGAUCCGAGGCUGGACCUGCGAGUCAUCCAGCUGGUGCGGGACCCCCGGGCUGUGCUGGCCUCACGCAUGGUGGCUUUCGCGGGCAAGUACGAGAGCUGGAAGAAGUGGCUGACAGAGGGGCAGGACCGGCUAAGCGAGGAUGAAGUGCAGAGGUUGCGGGGCAACUGUGAGAGCAUCCGCCUGUCUGCCGAGCUGGGCUUGCGGCAGCCAGCCUGGCUGCGUGGGCGCUACAUGCUAGUGCGCUAUGAGGACGUGGCACGCAGGCCACUGCAAAAGGCCAGAGAGAUGUAUGGCUUCGCCGGCAUCCCCUUGACCCCACAGGUAGAGGACUGGAUCCAGAAAAACACCCAAGCGGCCCGUGACAGCAGCGACGUCUACUCGACCCAGAAGAACUCCUCGGAGCAGUUUGAGAAGUGGCGCUUUAGCAUUCCCUUCAAGCUGGCACAGGUGGUGCAGGCUGCCUGCGGCCCGGCCAUGCACCUCUUUGGCUACAAGUUGGCCAGAGAUGCCGCCUCACUCACCAACCGCUCCAUCAGCCUGCUGGAGGAGCGGGGCACCUUCUGGGUCACGUAGUGAGGGAUGCCCGGGACCUUGGGAAUCCCUUCUCAUGAAAUGCUGGCCCUGCUUCCCUCACACCCAGCCUGGCAGUGAAACACAGCCCUGGCAGGGAGUCAGAAUGGGGAGUGGUGAUGGAGGUAUAGGCCCUGGCUGUAGCUGCAGGCCUCCGGCCAGCUAGUUUUCCCCAGUGCAAGCCGCAGCU